CUUUCGAGCCUGCCUUGGAACUGAGGGAGUACGGGCCCGCAGAGGCUGCGGGUAUCUAAAGAGGCGGUGGGAGCGGAGGCAUGAGAAGAGACGCUUGACUUCAGUGAGGGCGCAAUGAUGUGCUGGUCGCGGGUCGCAGGAAGGCUGAUGGGGGAGGGAAGGAGCAGCCUGUGAAACGGGGUGACGGCGGCGACCAGCCCGGGCGGGGACCGGGACUGGAGGAGGCCCCCAAGCCGGCUGGUCCGGCGGCUGGGCUAGGGUUGGGGGGAGCGGGGCCAAAGGGACGGACGCCCAGCCGAGCCUGCUGGGGCAGAAGGGGCAAAAAGGGUCGUUUUUACAGCUCAGAGAUAGAAAAGGGCAAAGGAAGGCUUGGAGGAAAGUAGCCGGAAGUAGUGAGAAGCUGGUAACAGGCGUGGUACAAGGAGCCGAAAGGAUUAGGGAGAAAGGAGCGAGGUCUCUGUAAGUAGCUGAAAGGGUCGAGUGACAAGAAAGAAGGCCGGUGUAAGUGAGGGAAAGGUGAGGUGUGGCUAGGUCAAAGGGCUGGGAGAAGACCGUCGGUGGAAGUGUGUAAAGGAUCAAGGAAGAAGCCGUGGAAGUGGCUGGGGUCCGGGACCGGAAGAGUGCCAGACGUGGCCGGGAGGCAGCGGAGCUGAGAGCAAAACUGAGAGGGUUUGGAAAUUGGAAGACUUGGUGGCGAGCGAGGGUCAGGCCUGACAUCCCGCCUCGGAGAGUGGGCGACGUGUUCGGGAUGUGGGAUCAGAAGCUGGUGCGGUUGGCGGUGGUACAGCAGCUUCGGGCUGUCUAUGGCAUUAAAGUCAAGGGUGGCCGUGGACAGUGCGAUCGGAGGAGGCAGGAAGCAGCAUCCACGGAAAAAGUGGGUAAAAUAUUUGGAGUACCUUUUAAUACAUUGCCCCAGUCUCUUGUACCAGAAUAUGGACACAUUCCAAGUUUUCUUGUUGAUGCUUGCACCUCUUUAGAAGAGCAUAUUCAUACAGAAGGGCUUUUUAGGAAAUCAGGAUCUGUUAUUCGUCUAAAAGCACUAAAGAAUAAACUGGAUCAUGGUGAAAGAUGCCUAUCUUCUGCACCACCUUGUGAUAUUGCAGGACUUCUUAAGCAGUUUUUUAGGGAAUUGCCAGAGCCCAUUCUUCCAGGUGAUUUGCAUGAAGCACUUUUCAAAGCUCAACAGUUAAGAACAGAGGAGAAGAAUACAGCUACAUUAUUGCUCUCCUGUCUUCUGGCUGACCACACAAUUGAUUUAUUAAGAUACUUCUUUAACUUUCUCAGGAAAGUUUCUCUUAGGUCCAGUGAGAAUAAGAUGGAUAGCAGCAAUCUUGCUGUAAUAUUUGCACCAAAUCUUCUUCAGACAAGUGAAGGACAUGAAAAGAUGUCUGCUAACACAGAAAAAAAGCUGCGAUUACAGGCUGCAGUAGUACAAACUCUUAUUGAUUAUGCAUCAGAUAUUGGGCAUGUUCCAGAUAUUAUCCUAGAAAAGAUACCAGGUAUGUUGGGUAUUGAUGGUCUCUGUGCUACUCCAUCGCUAGAAGGCUUCGAAGAAGGUGAUUACGAAACUCCUGGUGACUAUAAGAGAAAGCGAAGACAAAGUGUAGGAGAUUUUGUAAGUGGAGCAUUAAAUAAACUUAAAUCUAGUAGAACACCUUCUAUUACACCUCAACAGGAAAGAACUGCCCAGCUAUCCGAAUCACCGAUUCUUACACCAAAUGCUAAGCGUAAACUGCCAGUAGAUUCUCAUGGUUUCUCAAGUAAGAAAAGGAGGUCCAUCAAGCACAAUUUUAACUUUGAGUUGUUGCCAAGUAAUCUCUUCAGCAGCAGUUCUACGCCAGUAUCAGUUCACUUUGAUACAAGCCCAGAAGGGUCAUCUCAGGGUUCACUCUCUCCUGUAGCCAUCAGUGGAAACCAUUUGAUCAGUACAGGCAUGCUAAGACGAAGUAAAAGGAUUGCAAGCAAAAAAGUUUGCAGGGUGGAAUCAGGAAAAGCAGGCUGUUUCUCUCCUAAAAUCAGCCGUAAAGAAAAGGUUCGAAGAUCUCUUCGUUUGAAAUUUAGUCUGGGGAAAAGUAGCAAAGAUAGAAAUGCAUGUUCUGGUGUCGAUAGAUCUGAGAAUGUUGGUCGACGACUUGCAAGUCAACAAAGUUUAAAAAACAGGAUUGAAUCUGUAAAAACAGGUCUGCUUUUUAGCCCAGAUACUGAUGAAAGAUUAACAAAAAAAGGUUCAAAAAAGAUCAGUAAGUCUGAGGAAAACUUAUUAACUCCAGAGCGGCCAGGUGGAAAAAGUUACCGGAUGUCUUGGACAGGACCUAGUGGUUCAAGUUUUCAAGAAAUAGAUGGAAAUGAAACUUCUCCAAAAGAUGGAACUCUUGAGGUGGAAAACUCUUCUUUGGAGCCUGAUAUAAUGCUUGAAAAGUCACCUGUUAGCGCCUAUGAGCCCACCCCUUCUAAUGUACACAAUAAGCAUAAUAACAGCAUAACUGGAAGCUCUCUUAGUGGGGAUGAAAAUAACUUGACAACAGAGACUGUGAUGAAAAUUCAGAAAGCAUUUUCUGAAUCUGGUAGUAAUCUUCAUGCAUUGAUAAAUCACGGGCAGUCAUCAUUAACUAAUGUGGAGAAAGUAAAAUUCAGUGAAACAUCUUCUAUUGAAUAUAGCCCAGAGAAAAAUCUAUUUGAAACUAAUAAUUUGACUGUGAUAGAAUCAAAUGAACACCACACAUAUAAAGAUGAAAAUAGUUUUUCAGAAGGAGACUUAUCACUACAUCAAAUGCAGAAAUUGGAUAGCGAAGUCACUAUAAAAUGUUACUCAACUCAGAUGAAGAUAGAGCUAGAAAGCAGCAUUCAUUCACAUAUACCAAAAGAUUACAUAAGCAAGCAAGAAUUGCCCAGCGAUGAACAAAUAAAGCAAGAGUCCCCAGGGGAUACACUAAACACGAAAUUGAAGGAGAAUGAAAAUGUGAUUGAAUUACUGAAAUGCGCAGCUUCUAGGGAGGAUGUGGCUAGCACCUCUUCCUCAGGGCAGCUUACAUGUAACAACGCAAAUGUGUCAAAGCCUAGGCCUGUGAGAAUCGUUAAACAGCAGUCAUUGGUGGAAACAUGUGCUAAAACGGUUUCUGAACGUUUACAAAUGACAGAGCAUGGAAAGGUUUCUGACCAUAUACAGUGGUUUAACAAGCUUUCUUUAAAUGAACCAAAUCAAACAAAAGUUAAGUCACCUCUUAAGUUUCAGCGUACACCUGUCCGUCAGUCUGUCAGAAGAAUUAAUUCUUUGUUGGAGUAUGGUGGACAACCUCCAAGGCAUAAAUUAGCAAGUCUUGGUGACACUGCUUCUCCUCUGGUUAAGUCAGUGAGCUGUGAUAGUGCUCUUCCCUCUCAUAUAGAAAGUACUUCAAAAGACUCGUCUAUUCCACGUACCAAAUCAGGUCCAAAAGAACAGAAGUCUACAUCAUGCAAACAGACAAACACGGACAUGAUUUCAAAAUCAAGCAUGGAGUUAAUUUGUACAUCUUUCUCACAAAUGAAGAGACACCCACACUCUGUGAAUGCUUCUGUUAGAUCUACCAGAGUUUGUAAACAGGAAGUGAUAUCUAAUGGCCAAAUUAAGGUUCCCUUGGAUGAUCUGACGAAUCAUGAUAUAUCAAAAUCUGUUGUAAAUAAUGAUAUGGGCUUUUCCAUUGGCAUAAAUAAUAACAAGAUCCUUAGAAAACCUUCAGAAAAAGAGAGGGUCUGGUAUAAAGGUUCCCCAAAAAAUCCUAUUGGAAAAGCUCAACUACUACCAUCAAGUAAACCUGUAGACUUGUAAUUGGUAAAUGUUACACCUGUCAUUAAUGUAAAUAAAAUUAGAAGUUGAUGAUAUCACUUGCAAGGUAAUCUACACAUUAGUUUGUAGCUCAGAAUGAUUGUUAUAGAUUUUAAUUUCAUUGCACAAACAACUUGAAUUCUUAAGCUUGUAUAAAUGAUGACUUUGUUAUUCUUAAUUAUGGCAAUAUUUGAGCUUUUUAAUUUUUUUGUGAUCUCUUAAAGCAGAGGUUACACUUUUCUUUUUUAAAGAAAUUGUUGAAUGGGUUUAUAAGAAAUUAAUAUUUGAAAAUUGCAUGAACUUUAUUUUUUAACUUGUGAUAGGAAGAAUGGAAUGAGUUGUGCCUAUUACCUGUUACUCCUAAGGCAGACGGGGUUUCCCCAAGAAAUUUCUAACACAGAGAUGAGCCCUGCAAAUCUAAUUUCUCGAAUUCCAUUGAUGUUUAUUUUCUUCAUAAAAAUCCCUAGAAAUGCAUUUGCUUCAAUAGCAUCUUAAUCCUUUAUUCCUUUUGGGGACAGAGUGCUUAGGUUUAUAUUGUCUAUAGUUGUGUAUGCUGUGUUCACUUGAACUAAGAAUAAUGGCUAAUGCAGAAUGAUGAAAAGUAUGCUCAUAUAGUAUGAUGCUGCAGAAGUAACUGAUGACUUUUUAAGCCAUACUGUAUUUUUAAAGUUAAUUUGCACAAGAGAUACAUUUGUAUCUCUUUUGUUCAACAAAAAACUUAAAAUUAUUUAAGGAGGAGUAAUUAAGCUUGGAAGAUUUUAAUCAAGGUGAUUGCUUACCUGCAGAUGCUUGAUUUUAGAAUUUGAAAUGGUUGAUACCCCUCUGUACAUAUACUUUAGAUUUUAACACUUUGGAUUCUUUGAGGAGCCCUGUGAUGGUUUUGUCUUGUGUGUAAAUGUUAUUUAUUUAGUAGAGACAUUAAAGAUAACAUUCUGGAAAA